CACUCGCCGCGGAGACCGAGGGGAGCGGAGCCGCAGCCCCCAGCGCCAUUGCCGCCCUCAGCCCGCCAUGGCAGGGAGGCUCACGGAGGAGCGCCCAGAGAAGAUCCCUGUCCUGACUGCAGCUGCUGCUGGAAGUAUUUGUGCCAUCUGGGGGCUCUGGCUGGCUGUUCUCCCCGUGAUUUCGUGGCUGAGCUGAAGCUCCCGGGCCAGGCUGCUUUGCGUAAACCCCGCGGAGGCGUGGAGUAACGGGGGAGUAACCGAGGAGUAACCAGGUGCUGCCUCCUGCCCUGCCCUUGUGAGCCGUUGAUGGGAAGGACACACUGAUGUCCCAGCUGGAUUACUGAGCUCCUCAGUGCCUCCUGGAGCUGCUGCUGCUGCAAUAAAGAGCUGUCCUUCGUUCUUGGCCUGUCCCAGAGGCACCUCCUGGGUGCUGCAUGCAAGUCCUGGACGUGCUGGAAACCAUGGGGAUUGGCAAGAACACCACGUCCAAGUCGGUGGAGGCAGGAGGAGGCUCCACGGAGGGCAAAUACGAGGAUGAGGCCAAGCACCCCACCUUCUUCACCCUGCCUGUUGUGAUAAACGGCGGAGCCACGUCCAGCGGCGACCAGGACACGGAGGACACGGAGCUGAUGGCCAUCUACACCACAGAGAAUGGCAUAGCAGAGAAGAGCUCCCUGGCAGAGACCCUGGACAGCACUGGCAGUUUGGAUGCCCAGAGGACUGACAUGAUUUACACCAUUGAAGAUGUUCCUCCCUGGUACCUCUGCAUCUUCCUGGGCUUGCAGCACUACCUGACGUGUUUCAGCGGGACCAUCGCCGUGCCCUUCCUGCUGGCCGAUGCCAUGUGCGUGGGCUUCGACCAGUGGGCCACCAGCCAGCUCAUCGGGACCAUCUUCUUCUGCGUGGGCAUCACCACCCUGCUGCAGACCACCUUCGGCUGCAGGUUACCCCUGUUCCAAGCCAGUGCUUUUGCAUUCUUAGCACCUGCCAGAGCAAUUCUCUCUCUGGAGAAGUGGAAGUGCAAUAACACAGAUCUGACAGUUGCAAAUGGAACAGCAGAGCUGCUGCACACGGAGCACAUCUGGUACCCCCGGAUACGAGAGAUCCAAGGUGCCAUCAUCAUGUCCUCGCUGAUCGAGGUGGUGAUCGGGCUGCUGGGGCUGCCCGGGGCCCUGCUGCGCUACAUCGGGCCCCUGACCAUCACCCCCACCGUGGCCCUCAUCGGCCUCUCGGGCUUCCAGGCUGCUGGGGAGAGAGCUGGCAAGCACUGGGGCAUCGCCAUGCUGACUAUUUUUCUGGUAUUGUUGUUCUCCCAGUAUGCCAGAAAUGUCAAAUUUCCCUUGCCCAUUUAUAAAUCCAAGAAAGGAUGGACAGCAUACAGGCUGCAGCUUUUCAAGAUGUUCCCUAUCAUCCUGGCCAUCCUGGUGUCCUGGCUGCUGUGCUUCAUCUUCACGGUGACAGACGUGUUCCCCCCGGACAGCUCCAAGUACGGCUUCUACGCGCGCACGGACGCGCGCCGCGGCGUGCUGCUGGUGGCCCCGUGGUUCAAGGUGCCCUACCCCUUCCAGUGGGGGCUGCCCACCAUCUCGGCGGCGGGCGUGAUCGGCAUGCUGAGCGCCGUGGUGGCCAGCAUCAUCGAGUCCAUCGGCGACUACUACGCCUGUGCCAGGCUCUCCUGUGCUCCUCCUCCUCCCAUCCACGCCAUCAACAGGGGGAUUUUCAUCGAGGGUCUCUCCUGUGUUCUGGAUGGAGUGUUUGGGACAGGGAAUGGAUCCACCUCCUCCAGCCCCAACAUUGGGGUCCUGGGCAUCACAAAGGUUGGCAGCCGCAGGGUGAUCCAGUAUGGAGCUGCCUUCAUGCUGCUGCUGGGCAUGGUGGGCAAGUUCAGCGCGCUCUUCGCAUCGCUGCCCGACCCCGUGCUGGGGGCUCUCUUCUGCACCCUCUUUGGGAUGAUCACGGCCGUGGGUCUGUCCAACCUGCAGUUCGUCGAUCUGAAUUCCUCUCGGAAUCUCUUCGUGCUGGGAUUUUCCAUCUUCUUUGGGCUUGUCCUGCCCAGCUAUCUCAAACAGAACCCCCUGGUCACAGGAAUUGCAGGCAUUGAUCAGGUGCUGAAUGUCCUGCUCACCACGGCCAUGUUCGUCGGGGGCUGCGUGGCUUUCGUCCUGGACAACACCAUCCCAGGAAGCCCUGAAGAAAGGGGAAUUCGCAAGUGGAAGAAAGGGGUUGCCAAAGGAAGCAAAUCCCUGGAUGGCAUGGAAACCUAUGAUCUGCCUUUUGGCAUGAACUUCAUUAAAAAAUACAGGUGUUUCAGCUUCCUGCCCAUCAGCCCCACCUUCGUGGGGUACAUGUGGAAAGGCUUCAGGAAAAGCAGCAGCUGCAGGAGUUCAGAUGAAGACUCAGAAGCUACAGUAUAGCCUUAGCUGAAAUUAUAUUAUCUAGUUGUAGUCAAAGAUGUAUUUGCAGUUUCUUGCUGAUUAAGAAGCAUUAAAAUAUAUGUUUUGUAUAUCUGCAUUUAAAUUCUGGAACCAGAGCUGAGACAGAUUUAAAAAGAAAAAAAAAAAUUUAAAAAAAAAAGCUUUUCCUGCUGUGGGUGGUGGGAGCCAGGUCUAGUGUCUCUGGGGCAAAUCCUGCUGAUUUUGGGAAGCUGGAGAGAGCUGUGCACCUAAUUCUGUUGGGUUUUAAUGGGUUUAGGUGGAGGUGUGGAGGUGCUGCUGCAAAUUUUUCGUUUUUAUGGUGAUUUUAUUGGAGCCCUCAGCGUUGGUUACGCCAGGAAAGCUGAACCUUGGAGAAGGAGGAGGGGGAAAAAAGAGAGAAAAGGAGAACUGUUUCCUUCUGACCAUGUCCAGUCCCAUGUGCUGCUCAGUGAUUUGCGCAUUCCGUGUUCUCAGCGCCCUGGAAACCAGGCUCAGCUGAUGCUGCCAAAUCAGGAGAGUUUCACUCUGAACAAUCCCUGCUUCCAGUGACACAUGCAGUGCUCAGACAGGAAGUUUCUGGAAUGACUUUGCCUCUGAAAGCCCUGCUGGCUCGGCGCUGCAGCAGCCGCUUCUUUUCCUGCAUUUCUCCUUUUUUGCUUUUCCCCACCAGGAUUUCCUGGGACACACAAACCUGGGCAGUUCAGGGAUGGCAGACCUGAGCUCACCCAGCACCUGCAGGCAGCCCUUGGGUUCAGUGCCUGUGUCCAGCACGUUCCUUCCUGGCCAGAAAUGCUAAUUAACUGAGCAGCUCCAAGCAAUUAACAGUUGUUCCCUGCAGGGACAGCCGCGCUUGGGUCCGAGCAGGAUUUUUAAUUUUGUUUUUUGCUGAUGGCUCUUCCUUCUCCUCUUGUGGGGCUUCUCCAGAGGCUGAUUGCUGCUGGGAAGGGGUUUGGGCCAGCAGAGACACUGCACCUGCAGCCUCACCCACCGGAUGGGUUCACGGGUAUUGGGUCCAAUCAGGGCACCACUCAGAUCUCUUUUUUUUUUGUUCCUGGAGUAGUCUCAGCUCUGCUGUUACGUGGGUGUUCACGCUCAUCAUGCAUUCAUGAUUAACAGUUUUAUUCCUGUUUAAUGUUCUUACUAUUGCAAGUUAGUUUUAGACUUCGGUGUGGCCCCAAAAAGCAUUUUCAGCUGUGGAGAUCAUCAGGGAAAUGUCGUGUAAUGUAAUUUUCAAGGCCAGUAAUGCUCUACGGUGCUUGCGUUUUGUAUUCCUGGAAAACCAUACCAGUAGAUCCUGUAACCCCCUGAUCUAUUUAUCCAAGUUUGACUACUGGACAGGAGCACAGGAACUCUGUUUUCUCUGAGUCUGCUCCCAGGGGAAUAAUUUGUUCUGGGUUAUUGAAGCAUGGACGGGUUGGGGUGGGGAGGGCAAGGACGGAGCUCGACGGAUCAGUGCUGAGUAGUGUAGAGUGGGAAUGAUCCCGUGCAGAUCGUUCUCAGCAUGCCAUGGCUGUUUCCAGAAACUUUUACCCCGCUUUUCCCGUGUCCAAGCAUGCCUUUGUUCCUGCUUCCUUCGGGGAACUUUCAGUAGUUUGCGGUCUUGGUGUCGCUCGGACUCGGAGCUGCUCGGAAGAGUCGUUGUGUCGUGGACGAGGUUGGUUUGCCUGUGAAACAAAAAAAAAGUCGUUUUUGCUCAUUUUUCAGUGUUUCCUCCCCCCGGGGGAGCGAGGUGUUGGGUUCCUCUCCCUGUCUGCACGUGGUUUUGGGUGUUGAUCUCUGCUCAGUGGCACGGAGCUUCCGCGUUCCCAGCUGUAGGAGCGUGGCAGGGGUUAAAAACGCCCGUCCAGCAGGGAAACAAAAACACCUCUGGUGGCUCUGCAGCCUGAGGGAUUCUGCUGGUGGCAGAUGUCCCACUGGUUAUCCUGUAAAAGUGGAGAAAGGGAGGAAAGGCGUUUGAUUUCCAGCUGGCUGCAGAGAGAGGAGGGGAUGCGGGCAGAGCUCGUGUCUCACCCUGCUCAGGGGGAGCUCCCACUGGGGAUUCCCAACAAAUCCCAGGGCAGCAAAUCCUGGAGAAAUUCUCUCUCCUCCCUGGAGCAAACUCCCCUCCUUCCCCACAGCGCUCUCCAGGCAGGUGCAGCCCGGUUUUCUGUUGGAUUUAAUUCUUUUUGUGGUUUGUGCCCGUUCCCCCAGCCCCUGUCCUUGGGACCAGCUGGAAUUGGGUCACUCUGGAUCCCAGCUGGGCAGUGGGACAAACCCCCCCCUUCCCCAGGGUGAGUGCUCAAAGCUGGGCCCUGGGCUCGGGGGGGACCCCUGGGUGUGCAGGAAGAGCUGGGCUUGGGAAGUCUGAGGUGAAUUUUGGCAAGAGGAGCUGCCCUGUCCCCUCCUGGAGCCCCCCAGGGGAAGGAGAGCAGUGCUUUUCUUUGUGGGGGUGGGGAAAUCCCUGAGUUCACCCCGGGUUUGUGCAGGUGCAGGGGGCAUUUUGGACCUUCAAUCCUUCCUUUUUCCUGGUCCCUUCUCCUGGUCACUUGGCCAAGUGGCUGCUGUGAAAUUCCAAAUUCCAGGUGCCCGUGCCAGGCUGCUGGCAGGGCUGGAGAGGAUGAGGCUGCAGGUUUGGGGAGAAUUAAACACAAAUGGUGAGAAUUGAACACAAAUGGUGAGAAUUAAACACAAAUUGUGAGAUUUAAACACAAAUUGUGAGAAUUAAACACAGAUUGUGUGUGCUGGGGACGUCCAGGUGCAAACCUGCCUGCCAAUGCCAUGCUGGAUUUUCCUCCCUGUCCUCCCCUGCCUUCCCAACAGCCAAACUCCAAGCACCCAGGGAAGUUGGCAGCUGAGAGGUGAGUGAAGAGGUGAUGAGAAAUUUCAACCAGAUUUGGAGAGGGAAGGGCAAAUAUUCAUGGUAGAAAUCUCAUUUUGUCAUAUCAGAGGUGGCAUCAGUGUAUACAAACAAAGUAACUUGGGAUUUUUGUAAUCGAUGCUCUCUUGUAUUUUUUUUUGGUUCAAUUAAGGGUUCUUGCUGACAUGUUGAAACACGUUUUCUAAAGCAAAUACUUGCAAAUUAUGCCUAUAGAAAUUUAGGUUUCGUAGCUGACAGCUAUGACUGAUUAAUGUUGUCAUAUUGGAGGGACUUGGCACGUACCUCGCUCAGAAAGCUCGACCUUUUCAACCCCAAAUUUGCUUUUAUUGCCUUUUAAUACUGACUUGAAAUAUGACAACUUGGUUUGUACAUGAAUAUUGCAGUAUUUUAUUUCCAUAUAUUAAGAAAAAUAACAUUUCCGCUCAGGAGAAAGAAGCCUUUUCCUGGGAGGGAGUGGUAUGAGUGUCAUGACAAUGUCAUGUGAUGGUAGAAUUUCUUCAUUGACGAAUCUAUAGUGGUUGUGUAUACUUUAUUUACCCAUCUUCGUGUUCCUACCCAAAACUGGAGGCUUUUGUUGUUCCCUCCCUGCUGAGCCCUCGAGGCUCCCCCGGGGGGGGGCAGAAUUGGAGAAAACCCCUCAGCGAGUCGUUUACACCCCAAAAAAAACCAAAAAACCCGUGCAAAUCCUGACAUUUUGGGUACUGGUAGCAGAGCUGAGCAGCCUGUGCCAGCCUCACCUUCGCUUCUUCGUGGCCUUCUCCAACCAAAAUCUGCUUUUUCUCCCCUUUUCCUUUCCUUUUCCCGAGCGGGGCCGGGGGGGGGUCACUCGUUUCUCGCAGCAGAGUCCCAGGGCUGGGUGCAGUUUGUGUUCCUGGGGGGUCCCGGGGCUGGCUGGGGUCUGCCGUGGGCUCGGAGCCCCCCAGGGGGGCUCGGUCCCCCUGCUGCCAGCCCCAGCAAUUGCUGUGUUUGUCUGUUCAGAACAACCUCUGGUGAAACAAACUAUUGACUGUUCUUAGGCGGUGGGGAUAAAUUUCCUUUUUUUCCAUGACUUUUCGUGACUGACUUUGGCUGUAAAACUUUUUUGUUCAGCAGCAAAAGUUUAUUUGG